CUUGUGCAAAGAAUUUAAAAUUCAGGACUACGUGGCGCUUAGGGAACCGCGUUCAAAUACUGGGGAAGUCUGAUUUCUCCAUAUCAUCCCGACGGAGUCCAAAAGAGCAGAAAAAUAGUGUAAGAGAGAAUGGCGAAGCUUUUAUCCACACCUCGUCUGACCUCCAUUCACAAACUCACAGUCGCUUCCAGUCUCUCCAAGUCUUCUUCUUCUUCUUCUGCAAUUCACUCUUCUCCCACCGUUUUCCCCAUUUCUCUGCACUCAAAUUCCCUCUUUUUCUCCCUCUACACUACUCCUCUCCUCACCCUUCGCUCUAUCGAUAACCCUUCCCAUAUUCAUCGAAAUUUCUCCGUUUCAGCCUUCGACACUAAGAAUGAGGACGUAUCACCGUCUUCCAAAGGUGACACUAAGGAUGAGGACGUAUCAUCGACUAAGGAUGAGCCUGUUGCUGAAAUCAAAGCCGAUGAUAUUGCGAAAGAAGAUCAGUAUCCAACCGGGGAAUUCGAAUUUGAGGAGUAUGGUGUUUGGAAGAGCUUAGUUGUGAAGUUUAGAAUGCUCUUUACGCUUCCUUGGGAGCGAGUCCGCAAGGGAAGUGUUCUCACCAUGAAAUUGCGCAAUGAGAUAUCUGAUCAGUUACAGAGCCGUUUCUCUUCAGGAUUAUCCCUACCUCAAAUUUGUGAGAACCUCAUGAAGGCCGCUUAUGAUCCUCGAAUCUCUGGUGUUUAUCUCCACAUUGAACCUUUAGGUUGUGGCUGGGGCAAAGUUGAAGAAAUUCGGAGGCAUAUACUGGACUUCAGGAAAUCAGGUAAAUUCAUAGUUGGCUAUGCACCUGCUUGUGGUGAAAAGGAGUACUACAUUGGCUGCGCUUGUCAAGAGCUUUAUGUCCCUCCAAGUGCUUACUUUGCGUUGUAUGGUUUAACAGUUCAAGCAUCAUUUUUGGGAGGUGUCUUUGAGAAAGUUGGAAUUGAGCCACAAGUGCAAAGAAUUGGUAAAUAUAAAAGUGCUGGAGAUCAACUAAUGCGUAAAAGUAUAUCUGAUGAAAAUCGGGAGAUGCUAACUGCAUUACUUGAUAAUAUAUAUGGAAAUUGGCUUGAAAAAGUUGCUCUUACUAAAGGGAAGAAAAUAGAAGACAUUGAGCAGUUCGUUAAUGAUGGAGUCUACCAAGUUGAAAGGCUAAAGGAAGAAAGCUGGAUAACAGACAUAAAGUACGAUGAUGAGGUAAUGUCAAUGUUGAAAGAGCGUUUGGGAAUUUCCAAGGAUGAAAAUCUCCCUGAAGUUGAUUACAGGAAGUAUUCAAAAGUUAGGAGAUGGACUCUCGGUCUAACAGGUUAUAAAGACCAGAUAGCUGUCAUUCGAGCCUCCGGAAGUAUUAGUCGCACACGCGGUCCAUUUAGUUCAUCUAGUUCAGGAAUAAUAGCAGAGAAGUUGAUUGAAAAAAUUCGUAGUGUACGAGAGUCGAAAAGGUUUAAAGCUGUCGUCCUUCGAAUUGAUAGCCCUGGAGGAGACGCUCUUGCUUCUGAUUUAAUGUGGAGAGAAAUUAGAUUGCUGGCAGAAUCUAAACCUGUUAUAGCAUCUAUGGCUGAUGUGGCAGCCAGUGGAGGAUAUUAUAUGGCAAUGGCUGCACAAGCUAUUGUGGCAGAGAACCUUACAUUGACAGGCUCAAUAGGUGUGGUGACAGGGAAAUUCAACUUGGGAAAAUUAUAUGAAAAAAUUGGCUUCAAUAAGGAGACAAUAUCAAGGGGAAGAUAUGCAGAGCUUACUGCGGCUGAACAACGACCAUUCAGGCCUGAGGAAGCAGAACUGUUUGCCAAAUCUGCACAGCAUGCAUAUACCCAAUUCCGAGACAAGGCUGCCCUUUCAAGAUCAAUGACGGUGGAUAAAAUGGAGGAGGUUGCACAAGGGAGAGUUUGGACUGGAAAGGAUGCUCUUUCACGAGGUCUAGUUGAUGCUGUCGGUGGUCUCUCUCGUGCUGUAGCAAUUGCAAAACAGAAGGCCAAUAUACCUCAGGAUAGACAGGUUUCUGUUGUUGAGCUGUCAAGGCCAUCCACGUCCUUACCAGAAGUUUUAAGCGGCAUAGGAAGCUCUUUGGCCGGAGCAGAUAGAACUUUAAAAGAGUUGCUAAAUGAUGUGGCAUCAUCUGAUGGGAUCCAAGCCCGUAUGGACGGCGUCAUGUUUGAGAAAUUAGGAGCAGCUGCUUAUACCAAUCCCCUGUUUUUGUUGAUAAAAGAUUGCCUCAGUUCCUUCUAAGUCAAAGGCUGUCUGCUGCUGUUGUAUCAGAAAUAUCUCAUUUUGUUAUUUGCUCAAGCACAACGUUCAUACAAGGAUCUUACAUUUUGUUGAGGAUGCAGAAUUCGGUAUGUCUACUUAAGGACAAAAGCAAAAAAUCAGUGGUUGCAGGGUGGUAUAUAUGAGCUCUUGCUGAUUUUAAUUCAGGAUGGGUGGUUCUCAACAAGGGUAUGGAGUAGAACUAUUGUUGCUUCAAGGCUCAAGCUUUGUGCAUAGAGGUAGAGCACGGUUUUAAUUUUUUUAGGAUUCCCACCUGGCGUUCUUCGGGGCCCAACCAAAUCCGAAUUCGCGUCCUGGAGCUCCACAUUGGGUGAUAAAUUGCUCCUUAUAAAAGGUGACUCUUUAUCGAGGGCUCGGUACCCGAGACCUUUGGUUGAGAAUGAAGGAACACUUAUCACUCCACUACGCCUAUAUGGAUUAAGAGAAACUAGAAAGCUUUCAUAACAUGACGAAAGAGAACUAUCCUCAUGUUAUGUGUUUUCAGUAGUUGUCAACUGCUUUCAAGGAGUGUGGUGUAGAUAACUUUCAUGUAUUCUUUUGGUCAUGGUAUAUGGUUAUUAGAGGAAAAUAUAGGAGAGGUAGUUUGAUAUUUAGAACAGGUAUAUAGCUAUAGCUUCAUCAGUUCAUUUCGCAGAAGAAUAUGGGUAAUCAAUUGCGGUUGCUUUCUCCACCUGAUAUUACUUCAGGCUAAUGAAGUCUGCACACCAUAUCCGGAAGUCACAUGGUUAAUGUGCUCAUAUCACAUUGUGACUUCAAUCCAGAUCCUUGACUUUAAAAUGCAGUUUCUUAUGAAUCGUGAGGAAGGAGAGACGGAAGAUAAGCGAUAGUAUUUGGUUGAAUUGGGAGUACAACUUACUUUAUCCUUGUUAAAUCACUUCUUAGACAGUAAGAGAGUUUUUUGUUUAAUUGGAGUUCAGUUUAUUUGAA